CACUCGUUCUUAUUCCAAGUUGGGAUGUUACAGUCACUAAUUUUGAUAAAAAGCGGACAGUGGGGUCUUCUUGCACGUAGUAAACCAGUACAGCGUUAGGGCAAAAUGAAAGUGUUGACAGCACUAGUGGUCGUAUUUCUCGUGAGCCACGGAUUCGCUGCACCAGCGACCCCUACCGUCUGUGAGGAGAAGCUGAAAACACUGACGCAGAAAGUAGAUAUCGUACUGCGUCAGCUUCAGCUUCAGCAGAUGUUCAUAGAAGAACGUGCACGCACAGACGGAGGAUCAGGAAUAAAACAGGCGAGAUGGAGUUCGAUAGGGACAAGACCAUAUCAUACGUCAACCCAUACCUUAACUUGGUCAGCCGGAGCCGCUUAUCCCCGGCCACCACAGAGGAACCUGUUUUCAUUGUUCGGUAUGUCCGCGGUGCUGAACGGCGUCGAGUUCCCCAUCAGAACGCUCUCAGAUCAGUUAAAGAUGCCGAGUCGCACCAGUAAAGCAUUCCACGCAAAGGAGCUGGUGCCGUUGGGCGUCGUGCCCCCACAGGUACUUGCAAAAAAGACUGUACCAGAACAGAUUGCAGAAAUGAAAGAAUGGUUCAAAGCUUGGAGGGACCAGAACUACAAAGUGCGGGAUUACAGGAAGUACUUCAAACCUGUUCUUUGCUACCUUGAAGGCAAAUGGUUGAAAAGUCAAGGAACCGACAAACUGCCUUAUUCACAGAUGUUAAUUGCGCAGCAGUGGACUUCCCGGUACCAGGCGUACAGUGGUGCGUUACCACAGGAAAGGGUAACUUUCAAGCCGACAUCCAUCAUCGACUUCGAGAACGGCAAACCUGCGUUUGCCAAGUGGGACUACAGAGUUUUGUGUCACCCGGUGAAUCAAGACAUCCACACCAGCACAUUCCGUGUUGUUGAUGACCUUGCUGAGCGAACCCCUAGGCGCUGGGAUUUGAACAGAUUUGCUCGUUCGACUUUAGCAAAGUUUCAGCUGAACCCGAUGAACCGCCCUUGGGCCAAGAAUGAGGAGUUCUCGUCAAACUAUGAAUUCCUCGAUCAGUUGAUGGCUCAAAUACCAGGCGUUGACAACUAUCCCGGACGGCUGUACGACGAUUCAUUUGCUGAACCAGUCCAUCCGUUCACAGCUGCAACUUCCAAAGAACCGAAACUUAAUACCGCCUACUACAACCGAUGGUCUAAAGUGUCGCAGACAUCUACCGGGCGUAUGAAGGCGCGUCACAGAGGCUUCUCGGACAAUUCGGUUUUUAUGGCUCAAACCUCGCAUCCUCAGGUCGCUGGAAUGAAAGUCGAGGACUGCAACGUUGUUGGAGUGAAUAAAGUAUGUAAAAGUUAUGAGCAGCGGUGGUCGUAUGCCAUACCGCUCUUCAUAACUUACAUAACCCCUCUGAGUAGCUGGAACCCAUAUGGACUUACCAUCCACACAAAACUUGGGUACAAUGACCGCACUGUAUUUACUGGAGGUCGCAAUGGUGGUUUUACAACGGCUAAGGCUUACAACGGCACAAGUUACAACUUUUACUACACCAUUCCCACGGAGUUCUUUGGAAGUCCUCAGCGCGGCGCAGCAGCCCCGAAGGGUGUCCUUGACCCGAAUGGAGGCCUUCGCAAGGUCAGCACCGGUGGAUUGCACUCCAUUUUACCGAACAUCCCCGGGGUAGGCGCUCUCCGUCAAACCUAUCCCAUCUUCCCCAUCCAUGGAGAGGGCAGCACUGCAUGGAAGGAAUACGAGGCUCUGGCUGACCUCGUUUUGAAGAGGAAAACGCAUGCAAACAUGUUUCUUGAACCACUGCAAAACAUUUAAGGACGUCUUACUGAUGGUCUUGUUUUGCUUAUUGUUCAACAUUUCAAGAUACAUUUAUCAAUAAAUGUGGCAUUAUGCACCA